AUGAACGGUAACCACAAAGACAACAAUGAUGAAAACUUUGUUAUUUUUCCCAAAAUUAUCUUCCGCACUUUGAAGCUACGUUCCGAAAUUAAUAACAACCCAGAGAGCAAAUAUCACAGCCUCAAGAAUCUAAAAACGCAUUCCUUGAACAAUCUCUUUAUGGAUAAUGACAUUGAAAAAAACAACAAAAACAUCAACAACAAAAACAACAACAUCAACAACAAAAAUGACAUCAACAACACCGGAAAUGACGUCAACAGUCCAGGUGACGAAGGUAAUUUAUUUUACGGCACCUACCGACAGGUUAAAGUUAAUCCAGGAUAUGUUAGUGAUAACGAUGACGAAGACAACAGCAAUUACAACAGCAAAGACAUCAGUAUCACCAACAUCAAUUGCGGAAGCAAAUACAGCAACAGUAGCAGCAAGUAUAAUAGUUACCAUUACCUUACUGAUCCAAAAAUUGCUAGCAAACUCUUCAAUGAUACAAACAGAAAUAACGAUGAUUCAUAUACUUACGUGCCAUUGCAAAAAAACAACAACAACAUCAAAAACAAAACUAAUAAUACAAACAACAAAAUUGUUGCCGAAAUUAAUGAUUGCAUAAUUUCUAACAAUUACAACAAGGAUCACAGUACAAUAAACAAUAAUAAUAUUAACUUAAAUUACAUCAAUUCACUUAACAUUAAUAACAUAAACAAUGAAAACAGCGUAUAUUUAAGCAAUAACAACUGCCUUACAAACAACAACAAAAUAAGCAACAACAUCCACAACAUAAACAACAACAACACAAACAAUCGUAAAAACGCAGACGACAAAUCCUCAAUUAAUGUUUCACGAUGCAUUCUCAACAUUUACAACAACUACAUCAACUCUGGAAUGCCUGACAUUAAAGACAUCAAUGAAAACGUCUCGAAGUGUGCCUACAACAACAACGUCAGCACCAAUAAACACUACUACAUCAACAUUUAUGCCAGCAGCAACAACAACAACUUCAACGGCAACGACUCGUGUUGCCCGAUCAAGUUUGAUAACCAGCAAGCGACAGAAACUUGUCUCAAAGGCAGCAAUUCCGAAGCCUUCCGUAACCAGGAAUUGAACAUGCAACCACCCACAACAACUCAGCCAUCAAUUUCAGCAACUAAAUCAGCUGCAGCAGCAGUUGCAGCAAUUGUUGCUGAAGCAACUGUUAAAGCUACAACUAAAAUGAAAACAACAUCAACAUUCAUAACAUCCUCACCACCAAGUUCAUCAACAAUAAUUAAUGAGGUCUCACUCAGCGAUGAUGAAAUAUGUUUGGAUGGUGUGAGGCAGAUUACGAAAGUUGAGCACAACAUUUUUGACAUCGUAGUGGUUCGAGAUGACUAUGACCCUGCCAAAUCUGGCAAUCUAGCUGUUAAUGUUAACGAUAGUAAUGCUUCGACAGUUAACGGUCUUGCUAAAAAUGAAGAAGAUAGUACCCUCAACUCUAACAGGAUCUACAACAACAAAGUAUUAUACAGAACAACGACGCCAGAGCUUGGGACUGCAACGACGGAGAAUGUCGAAAUGUACCUCGAUGAUACCAAUAAAUGCAUUGAAAUCAGCAACGUUGUUUGCUGCGAGACGGUCGCCGGGAGGAGAUCGUGUAAAGGUUGUCCAUUUAAUGACGAUAAGAAAGUAGAGUCAGAAUUGAACAUCUUCUCAGGACUGCAUCAACAACAGCAGCAAUCGGAUAAACAACCAGCAGACCAACAACAAACAGACCAGCAACAACCGCAACAGUACAAAUUGACUCAGGUUAAACUGAUACGUACAAUUUUCAUCGAUAUGACUUUUUCGGCACUUCGAAAAAAUUAUUUGCAACAAAUGUUUAAAAAAUUCAUCAACUGUAACAACAGCAACAGCAACAACAACACUAACGUUGCAACUUCACAUUACAUCAACGACAAAAGUGACAACAGCAAUACGAUUGAUGUUAUAAAUAACAACAGUGAUGAGUACAAAAACAUCAGCGCUUCUAAACUAAAACUGAACAAUAAACAGAUUCUAGAAGUCAGUGAAAUGCUGCGACAUCUUGCAGAUGAGAAAAAAUAA